AUGCAGUACGUCCGAUAUUACCUAAACCAAAACCAAAUUAAAUAAAAAGUGCUAACAUUGAGCAGAUAAAAGGACUAAGAAUCUUUAUAUCUUAGAGAUUUCUUUAUUUUAUUAAUAAUUUUUAGUACUAAUGAAUUCCCUGAUUUAAAUUCUGCUUCUUUUGAGAAACAUAAUAUUGCUGAUGGAGAGUAUUAUGGAAGAUUGCAAGGUUCUAAUAGAGAAGGAGAUGGAGUUUUAUCUCUUAAAAAGAAGCCAAUAUAAAAAGGCAUAUUUUUAUGA